AUGUCGUUCUCUCUGAACUUGGGAGGGUUCAAGGUGCCCCAAUUCAGGGUUUUUGAUCACUCCCAUGAGAAGGAGCUGCCUCCACAACCUUCUCCACGUCUUCACCCUCCUCCUCACCAACAGCACCACAAGCAGCCGCACCGCAAUCAUCAGAAACAGCAGUCAUAUAGUCGCCAUAAACAGCAGCCGUCCAAAGGCUUUAUAUACGACCCUGACGGAUUUGAGGACAGUGGCAUAUUUUCUGAUCUAGAAGAACUCCACAAUUCCUCCAGAGCUAGCCCGUUUUAUCUUCAGGACGACGAGCUCUCCGACAACAGUAGUCUUUUUGAGGACAGCUCACUUCUCGACGACACCUUCAUCUUCUCACAUCGCUCCAAAAUGGCUACUAAAUCCCUAGCAGACAUUCUGACUGUCACUCAGCUCUAUGCGGUAUCAGAACUCAAGGCCGCAACGAGCCGCUACUCCAGUUCGCGUUCCAUCAAUGAUCGCGUGGGUCUCACCAAAGGAGAUAUUACGAGACUAUCCCUAGACGCCAUUGUCAACGCCGCCAACACCACUCUUCUUGGUGGAGGCGGCGUCGAUGGCGCUAUUCACAGAGCGGCAGGCCCAGAUCUCCUUGAUGAAUGCGAAGCUCUCCAAGGCUGUCGCACAGGUCAGGCCAAGAUCACAGACGGGUACCGUCUUCCCGCAAAGCACGUGAUCCACACAGUUGGCCCCGUGUACAAUGUGCUGGAUCCCAAGGAUAGCGCCAAAUUACUACGAAGCUGCUACGAGGAGAGCUUGAAGCUUGCAGUAAGGGAGGGGAUUAAGACGAUUGGUUUCAGUGGGAUUAGCACAGGUGUGUAUGGCUACCCAAGCCGGGAUGCUGCCGAGGUAGCUUGCGAUACCGUCAGGAGGCUCCUCGCCGCUGAGGCAAGCAGUUUAACGAGGGUUGUGUUUGUUGCAUUUGAUGAGAAGGACAUGGCAGCGUAUCGCGAGGCCAUCCCAAAAUAUUUUCCUGAUACCCCGGCCCCAGAGGCCAAUUCCCGUUAA